AUGGAGUUCGGCUUCUUCCGAGGCUUACCUCACAACAUAUUCCUCCUCGACAUCGCGGGGCAAUUGGCGUUCCUGAUCGACAUCGUCCUCCACUUCUUCCUGGGCUAUCACCAAGUUCACUCCAACUCCCUCUCCUUGGUCCUCGACCACUACCAAAUCGCCAUGAGGUACCUCAAGUCUCGCUUCCUCUUCGAUCUUCUCGCCUGUUUCCCCUGGGACUACAUCUACAAGCUCACCCACAACAACGAGAUCGUUCGCUAUAUGCUUUGGAUUAGACUCACUCGUGCUUCCAGAGUCACCCAAUUCUUCGACACCCUCGAGAAGGAUACUCGUAUCAAUUACUUGUUCACCAGAAUCGUCAAACUCUUCGUUGUUGAACUUUACUGCACUCACACCGCUGCAUGCAUUUUUUACUAUCUUGCCACCACUCUGCCCCCUUCCCAGGAGGGUUACACUUGGAUCGGUAGCUUGAAAAUGGGUGACUAUGAAUAUUCUGACUUCAGACACAUCAAUCUCUGGAACCGUUAUGUCACCUCCCUCUACUUUGCAAUCGUUACCAUGGCCACCGUCGGCUACGGAGAUAUCCAUGCGGUCAAUGUUCGGGAGAUGAUAUUCGUCAUGAUUUAUGUCUCCUUUGACAUGAUUCUUGGCGCGUACCUUCUCGGUAACAUGACUGCGUUGAUUGUCAAAGGGUCUAAGACAGAGAAAUUCAGAGAUCAAAUGUCUGAUAUCAUGAAGUACGUGAAUAAGAACAAAUUAGACAGCCAGAUAUGUCGUCAAAUUAAAGAUCAUUUGAGGUUAAAGUAUGAUCCAAGUUACUCGGGAUCUUCUUUUCUUCAGGAGAUACCAACCACCAUUCGUACAAAGAUUUCAAUAAGCUUGUACGAACAGUUCAUUCAGAAAGUUUCUGUUUUCAAGGGAUGUUCUUCAGGGUUUAUAAAGCAGAUCGCAACCAAAGUCAAUGAAGAGUUUUUCCUCCCAGGAGAAUUAGUAACGGAGCUAGGAGAUGUAGCAGAUAAACUCUACUUUGUAUAUCAUGGUGAGCUGCGUGAGAAAAGGGGGGAAGACGGUUAUACAGAAGAAGAGACAAUCACAUUGCACACCUAUAGUUUCUUCGGCCAUAUUUCUUUUUUUUGCAAUAUACCUCAAAAUUCUACUGUUGAAGCUCAUGAAUUUUGCAAGGUUUUGCGACUUGAUAAAAAAUCCUUCUCUGAAAUACUCAAGAUAUACUUUCUAGACGGUCGUGUUGUCUUGAACAAUCUCCUUGAGGUAAGAGACUUAAAUCUCCAGCGUAAGCUUUUGUUAUCAGACUUCAACCUCACUGUUCGAAACAUGGAAACAGAGCUUGCUACAAAACUCAACUGUGCUGCCCAUGAUGGUCAUCUUGAUCUUGUCAAACGUUUCAUUGGAUUUGGGGCAGAUCCCAGGAAAACUGAUUAUGAUGGUCGAACACCCUUGCAUAUCUCAGCAUCAAAAGGAUAUGUGGAUAUUUCUUCCUAUCUUGUUGAACAAGGAGUAAACAUCAAUGCUGCAGAUAAAUUUGGCACCACUCCCUUGCUUGAAGCCAUCAAGAAUGGACAUGAAGAAGUAGCAUCUGUACUUGUUAACGCGGGAGCUAUCCUUACCAUUGAUGACGUUGGCAAUUUUCUCUGCAUGACAGUUGCAAAGAAGGAGUUUGACCUUUUAAAAAGGGUUCUAGCUUGUGGUGUUAAUCCGAAUGCCAGAAAUUAUGAUCAACGUACCCCUCUUCACAUUGCUGCCUCUGAAGGUUUCUUUACAAUGGUUGAAUUACUUCUAGAAGCAGGAGCAAGUGUUUUAUCUAAGGACAGAUGGGGAAAUACACCUCUUCAUGAAGCUCAUACUGGUGGAAAUAGAAAUAUGAUCAAAAUGCUUGAAGUUGCAAAAGUUUCUCAGUUGGCAGAGUUGUCCUAUGAUAUUCAUGAAACUCCAGCAACACCAAUGUUGCAGUCAACAAAUGAAAUUCCAAAAAGGAGAUGUAUAGUGUAUCCUUUCCACCCAUGGGAUCACAAAGCGGAUAAAAAAGAGGGAGUGGUGCUAUGGGUUCCACAGAGCAUUGAAGAGCUUAUGAAGGAAGCUGGGAAACAUUUGGAAACUACAAACAAUUCCUAUAUUUUGUCAGAACAAGGUGGAAAAAUUCUUUACGUAGACAUGAUUAACAACGAUGAGAAGCUAUUUCUAGUGAAUGAAGCUCAAAUAGAUCCUGUGUCAUGUAUAUUGGCCAAUAAUGGCCAACCUCAAUCUCAUUCUUCCAACAAAUUAGGACUAGCUCUCUCUUUGAAAGCUGAACUUUGA